GCUUACACUGACGGCAGAUCAGGAUCAGAUCCGAGGAUGAGGAAGGCUGUUCUGCUGCUGCUGGCCUCUCUGGCUUUUGUCUCACUGACUUCUCCUGCUGAUGGAGCUCCAUUACAAGUGAUGUCUGCUCCCAACUUACUGCGAGUGGGAACAGCAGAAAACAUCUUUGUUGAGUGUCAAGACUGCACCGGAGCGGACAUUAGAGUCGACAUCAGAGUGAUGAACCACCCAACAAAAGCUAAGAAGCUGGCAGAAACAGCUGUGACCCUGACUAAUGCAGCAAACUUCCAGGCCCUUGGCCAAAUACUGAUUCCAGCCGGAGACUUCAGCAAGGAUCCCACAGUGAAGCAAUACGUUUACCUGCAAGCUCACUUCCCUGGCCGAGUACUGGAGAAAGUUGUUUUGGUGUCCUUCCAGGCUGGAUACAUCUUCAUACAGACUGACAAGACCCUCUACACCCCCAACAGCAAAAUUUAUUACAGGAUGUUUGGGCUGACGCCUCAGAUGAAGCCUGUGGAAAGAGAUGCUGUAGCCCAAAUAGAUGCUUCCAUUACCAUUGAGAUUGUGACUCCUGAGGGCAUCAUCUUACCACUUGAUUCAGUUUCUCUAAAAUCGGGUAUUUACUCUGGAGAUUAUCAGCUUGGUGAAAUUGUUAGCCCUGGACUGUGGAAAGUGGUGGCAAAGUUCACGAGCAACCCACAGCAGAGCUAUUCUGCAGACUUCGAAGUCAAAGAAUAUGUGCUUCCCAGUUUUGAGGUUAAACUGUCACCUGUGACCCCCUUCUUCUAUGUGGACAGCAAUAAACUUGUCAUCAAAAUUAAAGCAACGUAUCUGUUUGGAGAAGAAGUGCAUGGGACUGCCUAUGCUGUAUUUGGGAUUAUGGAGAAAGGUCAAAAGAGGAGCCUUCCAAACUCUCUUUCAAGAGUGCCAAUCCAGAAUGGAGAAGGACAGGUUGAACUAAAGAGGGAGCAGAUCAUAGAAAUUUUCAAAAACAUCCUCGAUCUUGUUGGAUCCUCGAUCUUUGUGUCUGUCAGUGUGCUGACAGAUAGCGGUAGUGAAAUGGUGGAGGCAGAGUUGAGAGGUAUCCAGAUUGUCACGUCACCCUACACCAUCACUUUUAAAAGAACUCCCAAAUUUUUCAAACCAGGAAUGUCCUUUGAUAUUGCGGUGGAAGUUUUGAAUCCUGAUGAUAGUCCAGCAAGCCGUAUUCCAGUGGUGGUCACUCCUGGUAAUGUGAACGGCGUCACUGCAGCCAAUGGCAUGGCAAGGCUUACCAUCAACACAGAAGGAACACUACAAAGGCUGAAAAUCACAGCAAAAUCAAAUGAUCCUAAUAUCAGAGCUGAUAGACAAGCAUCAGCGGAAAUGGAAGCUUUACCGUACAAUACCAACUCCAAGAGUUACCUUCACAUAAGUGUGGAUACAGCCGAGCUUGAAUUAGGAGACAACCUAAAGAUCAACCUCAACCUCAAUAAGCAGCCAAAUCAAGAGAAAGACAUCUCAUAUCUGAUCUCAAGCAGAGGUCAGCUGGUGAAAUUUGGGCGCUACAAAACAAGAGGCCAAGUACUGAUUUCCCUGAUAGUUCCCAUUACCAAAGAGAUGCUGCCAUCAUUCCGUAUCACAGCCUACUACCAUCCAACAGACAAUGAAGUAGUGUCAGACUCUGUUUGGGUCGACGUGAAAGACUCCUGCAUGGGAAAGCUGAUCCUGGAACCAUCAAGACCGGCUGCUUCCUAUGAGCCUCGCAGGACGUUUGAUCUGAAAGUCACUGGCGAUCCAGAGGCCACAGUGGGACUGGUGGCAGUUGACAAAGGAGUUUACGUCCUAAACAACAAUCACCGCCUCACCCAGAAAAAAAUCUGGGAUAUAGUAGAGGAGUAUGACACAGGCUGCACAUCAGGUGGAGGCAAGGACAAUAUGCAUGUGUUUGUUGAUGCUGGACUUUUGUUUGAGUCCAGCACUGCUUCAGGAACUCCCUACAGACAAGAGUUGAAAUGUAAAGAACCCUCACGGCGAAAACGAGCCUCAACCAUACUGGAAGUCAGAACCACCUUAAUGAGUCAGUAUGACAAUGAACUGGAGCGUGAAUGUUGUUUGGAUGGCAUGAAAGCUACCCCACUUUCAUACACCUGUGAGCAGCGCAGCGAGUACAUUGUGGAUGGUGAGGCCUGUGCUCUGGCCUUCAAGAAAUGCUGCCAGGAGAUGGAAACUCAGCUAGCUGAGAAGAAAGAAGAAAUGCUCCAACUGGCUCGCAGUGAGUCUGAUGACAGUUACAUGGACAGCAAUGAGAUUGUUACACGCACCAAUUUCCCUGAAAGCUGGCUUUGGACAGCUAUCAACCUUCCUGCUUGUCCUGCUGAAACACCCAAAUGUGAGUCCACAACAUUGGAGCACAAAACUCCUUUGCAAGAUUCAAUCACAACCUGGCAGUUUACUGGCAUCAGCCUCUCAAGAACCCAUGGAAUCUGUGUUGGUAAGUCCUUAGAGGUCAUUGUCCGAAAGGAAUUCUUCAUUGACCUCAGGCUGCCUUAUUCGGCUGUCCGUGGAGAGCAACUGGAAAUUAAAGCAAUUCUUCACAACUACAGCCCUGAUCUUAUUGAUGUUCGUAUUGAGCUGUUGGAGGAGGAAAAUGUGUGCAGCGCAGCUUCCAAACGUGGGAAGUAUAUAGAGAAAGUCAAAGUUGGGCCCCAAACAACUCGAUCUGUACCAUUCGUGAUUAUUCCCAUGAAGGAAGGAGAACGUAGCAUUGAGGUCAAAGCAUCUGUAAAGGACUCAUCUCUCAAUGAUGGAAUCAGGAAGAUGCUGCGGGUGGUACCUGAAGGUGUUCUUGUUAAAACUGCUACGACUGUAACUUUAGAUCCGGUUAAGAAAGGCCAAAAUGGUGUACAAGAAGAAACUUUGAAUGGUAAUAUUCCAAAGACCAACUUGGUUCCAACUGCACCUACUUCCACACAGGUGUCUGUAACAGGUAGAGAACAAGUAUCUGGACUGGUGGAGAAUGCUAUCAGUGGGAAAUCAAUGGGCACUCUGAUCAGACAGCCCGGUGGCUGUGGAGAGCAGAACAUGAUCCACAUGACCCUGCCUGUCAUUGCCGCCACAUAUUUGGACAAAACUAAUCAAUGGGAAGUUAUUGGCUUUCAAAAACGAGAUGAAGCCAUUGGACAUAUAAAAGCUGGCUACCAGCACCAGCUGACUUACCGCAAAAAUGAUGGAUCUUUUGCUGUUUGGGCUAGUCAUAAAAGUAGCACCUGGUUGACAGCCUAUGUUCUCAAAGUGUUUUCCUUAGCCAACGGCCUGAUAGCAGUGAGAAAUGAACAUAUCUGUGAGGGUAUUAAGUUUCUGAUCCUCAAUACUCAGCAGCCUGAUGGCUUGUUUAAAGAAAUAGGAAAUGUAAUCCAUGGAGAGAUGAUUGGUGAUGUGAGGGGCAAAGAUUCGGAUGCCUCCAUGACAGCCUUCUGUCUAAUUACCAUGCAAGAGACACGUACACUGUGUUCUCCAACUAUUGGCAGUCUUCCAGGCAGUAUAACCAAAGCAGUUGCCUACCUGGAGAGGCGCCUUCCCAGUCUCACCAAUCCUUAUGCUAUUGCUAUGGUAUCAUAUGCCCUGGCUAAUGAAAAUAAACUAAACCGGGACAUCCUCUACAAGGCUGUAUCUCCAGCGUUAUCUCACUGGCCGGUGCCUGGGAAACAUAUGUUCACACUAGAGGCCACAGCUUAUGCUCUUUUGGCUCUGGUCAGGGCUAAGGCCUUUGAAGAUGCAAGACCUGUUGUUAGAUGGUUCAACCAGCAGCAGUUUGUGGGUGGAGGCUAUGGAUCGACUCAGGCUACUAUAAUGGUGUACCAGGCUGUGGCUGAGUACUGGACCAACGCUCAAGAACCAGAAUAUAAUCUGAAUGUGGACAUUUUGUUACCAGGCAGAGCAAAGCCUGAAAAAUACAAUUUCAACAGAGAAAACCACUUUACCACAAGAACAUCUAAAAUGAAUGACAUUAACCAGGAUGUGAAAGUGAAAGCCACCGGCACAGGAGAAGCAACAGUGAAAAUGGUGUCACUGUAUUAUGCUCAGCCUAAAGAAAAAGAAAGUGACUGCCAGAAGUUUGAUGUAUCAGUGAAAUUUUCCCCAGAUAAAAAGAUAGAUGAAUACAAGCUUCAAAUAAAGGUUUUGUAUAAGGACAAGGAACAAGAUGCAACCAUGUCAAUCUUGGAUAUCGGCUUGCUGACUGGCUUCACGGUUGACAAAAACGACUUGGACAUAUUGUCUAAAGGCCGUGCUAAAACCAUCGCUAAAUAUGAGAUGAACACAGUUCUGUCUGAGAGAGGCUCACUCAUUAUCUACCUGGACAAGGUUUCUCACACACGACCAGAGGAGAUCUCUUUUAAGAUGCAACAGACGAUGAAAGUGGGCGUCUUACAGCCAGCUACUGUGUCUGUUUAUGAAUACUAUGAUCAAACCCCCUGUGUGAAAUUCUACCAUCCUCAAAGAGAAGCUGGAAAAUUACUGCAACUCUGUAGAGGUGAUGAAUGCACAUGUGCAGAAGAGAACUGCAGUAUGCAAAAGAAGGGCAAAAUCAGCAAUGAUGAUCGCACAGCUAAGAUUUGUGAAAGCACAGAGAUCAGCAAAAUUGAUUAUGCAUACAAGGUUUUGGUGGAAAACGUUGUAUUCGAGGGUUCUACAGACACUUAUUCAGUGAGGGUGGUAGAUGUUGUUAAAGAAGGAAAUGCUGAUGUUGGACCUUUGAAUAAACUGCGUGAAUUUCUAAGUUAUAAGCACUGCAGAGAAUCUUUAGCUCUGGGAAAGGAUAAAAACUACCUUGUCAUGGGCUCAUCCAAAGAUAUUAAUGUAGAUGAGCAAAAGCAAACGUAUCAAUACGUGCUUGGUGAGAGAACCUGGAUUGAGUACUGGCCUACACCAACAGAGUGCCAGACUGACAAGUUCCGAACUAUUUGCUUGGGCUUGGAGGAGAUGGUGAAUCAGUACACGAUCUUUGCAUGUCAGCAAUAGUAAAACUGAAGGAAGUGUCUUGCAGUUUUUCAAAUAGCUGUCAUUUAUGUUACAUUUAUAAAUAAAACAUUGCCUGCUAUAACACAAGUAUGCAAAACUGACAAAGUUACACUUCUGAAUAAAAUUGCAUGGUCAUUA